AUGAUGCCGCUGCGGAGAUGGGCAUGGUCAACUUGUGUAACUCCCAGUUCAUCCUCAACAGCUCUCGACUCCACCGAAGCAACCAGUCACGGUUCCGGCGCCAUCACACCCUCCAUGAUGCCCGUGACCCCUUCUUCCAGUACUCCCUUCAAAACACACCCCUCAUUAACACAGACUCUAUACCUCGAGGUCACAGCUUCGACCAGACCGACCUCCAGUCGAGGACGGUCCUUGAUCUCUCGCCCCCAACACAAGGCCGCCCACAUCACCCACUCCCAUAGCCAGGAGAAUGUAGUGUCGUCGCCUAUCAAUGGCUGCUAUUUCACCAACCCAUCGCCCAGUUGUUUAGACUCUUCCAAAGUCGUCAUCAACAUCAACCGGGACCUGCACAAAUCUAUGGACGAUGUAUUUUCUGCCAUCAAAAACAUGUUAGAUACUCGAUGUCCGGAUGUGGACUAUCACUGCUCGCAAAACUUGUUCCGUCUGCAGAACGCUGACGUGCAGGUGGAGCUGGAGAUUUGUGACGGGGACGUUCCGGGUGUGCAGGUGCGGAAGCUGUCCGGGGACAGUCUCCAGUACUCCCGGUUGUGUCAUGAUCUGCUCUCCUGCAUGAAUAACUAA